AUGUCGCAUGGUCUCCCCGCCGCCUGGAGCGUCCUUCAGAGGAGCGCCGCGACGCCGGGGAACCAGCCGCAGCCACAGAGCCCCGAGGAUGAUGACAGGAAGGUCCGGAGGAGAGAAAAAAACCGAGUUGCUGCUCAGAGAAGUCGGAAGAAGCAGACCCAGAAGGCUGACAAACUCCAUGAGGAAUAUGAGUGCCUGGAGCAAGAAAACACGGUGCUGCGGAGAGAGAUUGGGAAGCUGACGGAGGAGCUGAAGUACCUGACCGAGGCGCUGAGGGAGCAUGAGAAGAUAUGCCCGCUGCUGCUCUGCCCCAUGAACUUUGUGCCGGUGCCUCCGCGGCCGGACCCCGUGGCGGGCUGCCUGCCCCGAUGAAGCCCCGACAAUACUCUGCUGCCCAGCGAGGAGCCAUGGCUGAUCUAAUUCUGCUGUGUACACGGGGACCUGAGGCUGGGCCUCCUCCUGGGAGCUCUGGGGCCGGCUGUGUUCCUGCAGACUGGACACAGCACAGCACCCACAGUGCCCGACUCCCAGAGUGCGUGGGCAGAUAUGUCAGGAAAGCUACCCUCAGGAGUGACUUUUCAUCCACUCUGUCUGCUCGUAGGUUCUGCUAUCAUGCAGAAUCAUGUC